AUGAUUUCAAUUAGAAACUGUCAAAUUUCAGAUUUAUUGGCAAUGCAAAAUGCCAAUCUUACAUGUCUACCAGAGAAUUAUCAAUAUAAAUACUACUUAUACCACGUCUUGACAUGGCCACAACUUUCAUUCGUUGCUGAAGAUGAAAGUGGAAAGCUUGUAGGUUAUGUUUUAUCGAAAAUCGAUGAGAAUAACCCAAAGAGAGGACAUAUUACUUCAUUGGCUGUAUUGAGAUCACAAAGAAAAUUGGGAAUUGCAACAAAAUUAAUGAAACAAUCACAAUAUGCAUUGAUGGAAGUAUUUGAAGCAGAUCACGUUUCACUUCAUGUAAGAAAGAGUAACAGAGCAGCAUUUACACUUUAUCAUGAGAUUCUAAAGUUCAAGAUUCAAGAGAUUGAAACAGAAUAUUACGGUGAUAAAGAAGAUGCAUACUCUAUGGUUUUCAAUUUUAGAGAGGAAGACAAUAAGAAUGAAAAGAAAGAUACAAAGUCAACUGCAGCAGCUGACAAUAAACCAAAAGGACAACCAGCAGCAAAACCAAAGCCAGCAUCUGCAAAAAAGAAAGCUGCUGCCAAGAAGAAAUAA